AACGAAUCCAAUCUGUGUAGUUGUGUUACGGACGAUGAGAUUCAGAGAGUAUAUCUCUGUUGUGCAUACCUCAAAAGUGUUGCGUGAUUCAGUAUACAACAAAGCGUUGGAGCCGACAGUUUCAAUCUCUAAAGAGGUGUACCUAUUGGUGUAAUAAAUCAAACGAAAUUUCUUUCAAAAAUCAACAUCACGGUAACGAAAUACAAUAAAAAUGCCCGUUAAAGUUUCGCAUAACAUUGAUCUUGGACCUGACCUUCCCAAUGAAGUAAUGGACAUUGCUCGAGAGCAGGGUGAAGAUCCUGAACGUGUUUGCGCCGACAUUCAGGAUCUGAGAGACAUGAUUUUUGAAAGAGGACUUUGUGUACCACCUCGCACCGAUGACGAGUAUCUCAUUCGGUUCCUGCGUGCUCGAUUUUUCAAACUGGAAGCGGCAUAUAAUUUGUUGUGUCGAUAUUGUGAAUUUCGUGAAUCGAAUCCCGAGCUUCAUGUUGAUGUCCAUCCUUUUAUGCUUACUAAACUUGGCGAAGAUGAUAUUGUGUCCGUGACCCCAUAUAGAGAUCAAAACGGCCGAAGAAUAAUGAUUUAUAAGUUUGGCAAUUGGCGACCAUCAAAGAUUGCUGUCGAUGAUAUCUUCCGAGCUUCAUUGAUUCUACUUGAAAUGGGCGCAUUAGAGCCACAGUCACAGGUUUUGGGUGGUGUUGGCAUUUUUGAUCUCGAAGGUUUGGCUCUACAACAUAUUUGGAACCUAACACCGUCGGUGGCAAAGAAAAUUAUCAGUUUAAUGGUGACAUGUAUGCCACUGCGUACGACUGCAAUUCAUAUUGUUAAUAAUAAUUGGGCCUUUGAUAUGGCUUGGCAAGUGUUUAAACCGUUUUUAAGCGAUCGAAUGCGCAAGCAAAUUUUCAUUCACGGAUCGGAUAUGGAAUUAUUACAUCAACAUAUUGACAAAACACAUUUACCAAUGAAAUACGGCGGCGAAAUGCCCGAAUUUCCCUACACCGCUUGGAUGGAAAAUCUCGCAAAAAAUGAAAAAGUAAUGGAUGAAUUGAAGCGGCUCGGUUAUGAAUUUGGACCAGAUGAGCUCAGUGCCUUUAUCUAAAAUUUAGAUUCUAAAUGUCCCAACGAUAUAAUCAAAAUUGUGAAGUUUUUUUGAAUGUACAAAAAACAGUUUAUACUCGGAAGAAAAUAAUAUUUUAAUCAAUUGUGAUAUAAGUGAUUCUUUUAUAAAGAAAAAAGGAAACAAAAAGAAACAAUUUUUAGGAAAUUUUUUGGCAUACUAAUAAAACGACUUUUUACAAGAAAAAUAAUUAUUUCAAUAAAAAUGUAAUGUCUCAUUUAGAACAAAUAAACAGAUUUUGAACUAUA